UUUUUUUGGACAAAAUAAAUUUCAAACAGGCAUUUAUUAUACUCUCUACUUUUCUUCUUCUUCUUGUCAAGAGCUUUGCAUUUCCUUUUUUUUAUUUUUCUCCCUACUUCAAUUAUUACAACAACAGCGCCCAGCUCCUAUUUAUUUUCUAACAGCCAGCAAUUUACAAUGGAACCCGAACGCGUCAGAGUGCUCACUGGGUACCGCCGCACAAUCGUCGAGCACAACGAUUGGGAGGAGAAAGUCAAAGAAGCUCGUCUCGGCGUGAAGCGGCUCGAGUCAGACUACGGCAAGUCCGAGGACGACCUUAAGGCGCUGCAGAGCGCCGGACAAAUAGUCGGUGAGGUGUUCAAGCAGCUCGACGACGACCGCUUCAUAGUAAAGGCCACGACAGGGCCGCGCUACGUGGUGGGCUGCCGCAAUAAGGUGAAUAAGGCGGAGCUCAAGCAGGGCACGCGCGUGUCGCUGGACAUGACCACGCUGACCAUCAUGCGCAGGCUGCCGCGCGAAGUCGAUCCGCUGGUAUACAACAUGACGGCGGAGAAACCCGAAAACGUCACGUUCGCCGGUGUAGGUGGCCUGGGAGAGCAGAUCCGCGAGCUGCGCGAGGUUAUUGAGCUGCCCUUGCUCAACCCAGAGCUGUUCCUGCGCGUCGGCGUGCAGCCGCCCAAGGGCGUUCUGCUCUAUGGCCCGCCUGGUACAGGCAAGACCAUGCUGGCCAAGGCUGUGGCCAACUCGCUAGAGACCAACUUCCUCAAGGUUGUCAGCAGCGCCAUUGUCGACAAGUACAUUGGUGAGAGCUCGCGUAUUAUCCGCGAGAUGUUUGGGUAUGCGCGCGACCACGAGCCCUGCAUUAUAUUCAUGGACGAAAUCGACGCAAUUGGUGGAAGGCGCUUUUCGGAGGGUACGUCGGCGGAUCGCGAGAUCCAGCGCACGCUGAUGGAGCUUUUGAACCAGAUGGACGGCUUUGACUCGCUGGGCAAGAUCAAGAUGAUCAUGGCCACCAACCGGCCGGAUACGCUUGACCCGGCUCUCCUACGCCCUGGUCGUUUGGAUCGUAAGAUUGAGAUCCCAUUGCCGAACGAGCAGGGCCGCAUGGAGAUUCUCAAGAUUCACGCUGCCGGUGUCGCCAAACACGGCGAGAUUGAUUACGAGGCUGUGGUCAAGCUUAGCGAUGGGUUUAACGGCGCGGAUCUGCGCAAUGUGUGCACGGAGGCCGGCAUGUUUGCCAUUCGUGCGGAGAGGGACUAUGUCGUGCAGGACGAUUUCAUGAAGGCUGUGCGGAAGGUCGCUGACUCGAAGAAACUCGAGACAAAGUUGGACUACGAGAAGAUUUAAUUUUUCAAUUAAUUUUAUUCGGGUGUUUUUUUUAAUUCCUUACAAACUUUCAUUCAAAUGACCUGGACAGCCAGAGUGUACUUACUAUGUGUAACCAUUGUGUGUUGAAUUGAAUGUUUACGUUUCUGUUUCCGAAAUUUUACUGCAUGUCCCCCGUCC